GUCACGGGGCGCGCCGGGCAGUGACGCCUCCCAGCGCGCCGCAGAGGUCCGCGCGCCCGCUCCGCGAUGAGGCCCGCGCCGGGCCGCGCCAGGAGCCCCGAGGCGGCCGCGCCGCACUUCCCCCCUCCCAGCUACCUGCUGGCUAAUUUAAAGGCUGACUGUCUGAACAAGCCUUUUGCUCAGAGGUGCCAUGAUCUCAUGACAAUCAUUGAAGAUUUUCCUGCCAAGGAACUGCAUGCCAUCUUUCCUUGGCUGGUAGAGAGCAUCUUUGGCAGUUUAGAUGGCAUCAUUUCCGGGUGGAGUCUUCGCUGCCUACAAGGCAGAACAAACUACGCUGAGUACAAUGCUGCCCUUGACUUCCUGGCCCCUGGAGGCCCAAUGAUGAAGUUGGUUUACAAGCUCCAAGCUGAGGAAUACAGAUAUGACUUCCCCGUCUCCUACCUUCCUGGCCCAGUGAAAACUUCAAUUCAGGAACGGAUUUUACCAGAAUGUCCUUUAUACCACAACAAAGUCCAGUUUCCUCCAGCUGGGGGCCUGCAUCUGAACUUGGUUCUUAAUCCAUAUGAAUAUUAUAUGUUCUACUUUGCCAUAAGCCUCCUUACCCAGCGGAACACCUCCACGACCUCUCCCAUCAGCCUGUCAAACAGUGCUUACUUCAUCCUGGUGGACCGGUACUUGAAGUGGUUCCUGCCCACCGAAGGCAGUGUCCCUCCCAUUCCUUCCUCAGAGCCUGGAGGAGUGGUCCCGUCGCCCGCUCCCCGCUCUCCAGCAAUGCCUUUCACAUCCUAUGGGAUGCAUCCUGCCAGUCUUCUGAAAAGACACGUUGCCCACCAGACUUCAGUGAACGCAGACCCUGCUUCCCAAGAAAUCUGGAGGUCUGAAACGUUGCUUCAGGUCUUUGUGGAGAUGUGGCUCCAUCAUUAUUCGCUGGACAUGUACCAGAAGAUGCAGUCUCCCCACAUCAAGCUGGAGGUUCUCCACUACCGGCUCUCUGUAUCCAGCAUCCAUCCUGCCCAAUACAGCUACCAGGCCCUCCAUACAUACCAAGAGUCAUUCAGACCCACGGAGGAACACGUUUUGGUUAUCCGGUUGCUUCUGAAACACCUCCAUGCCUUCAGCAACAGCGUAAAGUCAGAACCGAUUUCACCUUCAGGGCAUUCUCACACUGCCAGUCCAUUAGAGGAAUUCAAAAGGAUCGUGAUCCCCCGGUUUGUUCAGCAGAAACUCUACAUAUUUCUUCAGCACUGCUUUGGUCACUGGCCUCUGGAUGCAUCUUUCAGAGCCGUUCUGGAGAUGUGGUUAAGCUACUUACAGCCUUGGAGAUACGCGCCAGAGAAACAACCGCCAGGUGCCGAGACUCUGCCUCGCAGCGUGUCAGAGAAGUGGGACCCUUUUGUCCAGGAGAACCUGCUGCUGUACACAAAGCUCUUUGUUAGCUUUCUGAACCGAGCUCUCCGCACAGACCUGGUUAGCCCCAAGAAUGCGCUGAUGGUGUUCAGGGUGGCCAAGGUGUUUGCUCAGCCUCACCUUGCCGAGAUGAUCCAGAGAGGAGAGCAGCUCUUUCUGGAAGCCGACCUGACCCUUCCGCACCGCCAGCACCGCCUCUUCAUGUCUCCCUCUCUCGGAGGGAGCUUCCUGUCGGGCCGGACUCCCACCGUCACAGACGCCUCCUUUAAAGUGAAGAGCCACGUGUACAGCCUGGAAGGACAGGACUUCCAGUACAAGCAGAUGUUUGGGACAGAAGUCAGGAACCUGGUGCUGCGACUGGCCCAGCUGAUCAGCCAGGCCCAGCAGGCGGCCAGGUCCCUCUCCGACCGUUCCGCGGAGGCCGGGGCCGGCCAGUCCUUCCUGUCCUGGUUCUGGUCCAGCCCGAGUGACGUGAAUGGCUCCUACCUGGGCAAUGACAUGGACGAAAUGGGGCAAGAGAGCAUUAGGAAAACAGAUGAAUACCUGGAGAAAGCCCUGGAAUAUUUAUGCCAGAUAUUUCGGCUGAAUGAAGCCCAGCUGAGUCAGCUGAUCUUGAACUGGGGAGUGGCUCCAGAUGAGAAUGGGAAGAAGCUGCUGCCAGACUGCAUUGAGGACGAAGAGGGGCUAACUCUCACACCACUUGGGAGAUACCAGAUCAUCAAUGGCCUGCGCAGGUUCCAGAUUGAGUACCAGGGAGAUCCAGAGCUUCAGCCCAUUCGAAGCUAUGAAAGCGCUGCCCUGGUCCGUGUGCUUUUCCGGCUGUCUCUGGCCAUCAACGAGCGCCUCGGAAGCCAGAUGGAGAGGCUUUGUGCCAGAGAAGACUUCCUUGGCGGGUUCUGCCGCUACCACCUUACCAACCCCUCCCUGGUCGCCAAGGUCCGGCGCAGCCCAGGUUCCAAAUGGCGGCCGGGGCGGAUUCCACAGCCGAGAGUCAGCCUGAGGUUUCUGGCCAGCUACAGGACGCUCUUUUCCACGCUCAUGGUUUACUUCGUGGCGUCCUGGUUCUGCCUUGGCCCAGCCACCUGCACCUGCCUCCUCCUCCUGGGGUACCUUCUCUAUGCCUCAGGGAUGACCAUCUGGACUGAGAAAAGGCGGUUUCAUUGACAGCAGUGUUUUGCCAAAGCCAUUUCUUCCUCGGACAAAAUAAGCGUGCCCUUAGCCAGGGGUGCAGGCUGUGCAGGAGAUGCUUGACUGGC